GAGAGUCACUCAACAAGACAAGUCACAUGACACAAUUUCCAAUUUUUGCCCAUCAUCAUAUCAAAAUGGCGUUCAACUAGGUCUCAGUAAUAAUUAUCUACAAAAUUAUUUAAACAACAUUAAUAUAUUUUAAUAAAAUAAUAAUUAUUUAAUCAAUAUUAUUUAUGUCAAAUACUAGCCUACAAAAUUUUCUUAUUUAUAUUUAAUCAGCUCACAGCUGUCAUUCUGUCAAAAUAUUAUUAUAUUUAUAUAGCGAAACUAGCGCCAUUGUUAUUUAGCGGUGUUUUUUAUUUUUUUUUAAACUCUGCGUUUGCGCAAUAUAAAUAUUUUCGAGUCAUCGAUUAUUGUUUUUUUUUUUUCCUCCUCACUUUUCAUUAAAUUUUAUUGCGCCACAUAUAAAAAGAGCAUACAAGAAAGUGCCAGAAUCAUUCCUUGAUAAUUAUCAUUCAUUGAAAGUUGUCGAAUUAUUAAAAAUAUUUAAUUACAAAUAUUAAAAGUAUAUAAAGAAAAAUAUUUUGACAUUUUGUGACAUUAAAUCCAGCUGGAUUUUAAAGAAGAAAAAAAAUUCUAAAAUUAAAUUAUAUAAAAAGUAUAUAAUUUAAUUUAGAAAAUGACGUCGUUAGUCAAUUUUAAAGUCUAUCUAAUAAAUCAGGAAGAUCCUGAUAAACAAGAAAUUCGUCGUUUUGGUGUUGAUCAAGAUGUUGUCACUAAUUUUCUGUAUUUACGUGAAAAAAUUUUAAGUGUAUUUCCAACACUUCGUGGCAGACAUUUUACAAUUUCAUGGAGAGAUGAAGAUAAAGAUGACAUUGUUAUUUCUAGUGAUGAAGAAUGGGGUAUUGCACUGGGUGAAACAGCUGAUGAUUUGGUACGUAAAUUAUACGUAUUUGUAUACUCUGAAUAUCCAAAAGAUUAUAUAAAUCCAUCAAGAGGAACAUCAGGUGUUAUUCAUGAUGGCGUAGUUUGUGAUGGUUGUGAAAAGCAAAUUCAAGGUUUUCGUUAUAAAUGUUUACAAUGUCCAGAUUUUGAUUUAUGUGCAAAUUGUGAUGCUCGUGGUAUACAUGAAGAUCAUUGUAUGCUACGUUUAAUUGCACCAGCACAAUGGAAACCACAUUGGGGACGUAGAAUUGCUGGUCUUAUGAAUCGUUCAAUGCGUAAAGCAUCAAAUGCUGCUGAUGAUGAUAAAGAAUUAAAAUGUCCAUUUACAAGAGUUAAUUCAUGCAAAGAAGAUCGUCGUGAUAAAGAACAUUGUCGUAAUAAAGAUAAUCAUCAUGGUGGUAAUGGUAAAGAUAAAGAUAAACAACAUUAUGGAAAACAACAUAAACGUCGUUGUAAUGAUAAUAAUGGUGUAUCAUGGACAAAUACACUUGCAAGUUAUUUAAAUGAUUGGGCAAAUGUACCAGGUGAAUGUCCAAGUAUGGAGAAAAUUCAUCAAGAUAUGGCUAAACAAGCUGCUACUGCUGCAAGUACUGCUGCUAGUUCUGCAAGUGCUGCAAGUGCUGGUGCUGCCGCUGGUGCUGCUGCUGCUGUUGCUGAUUUAACUGGUACAAUACCAAAAAAAAAUACAACUGAAGAACCAUCAGUUAAAAUACCAAAAACUAAAUCAACUGAUGAUGAGCAAAAAUCUAAUGAUACAGCUUCAAAAGAUGAUAAACAAAAAAGUGAAAAAAAAAAUCCAAUGGAUCCAUAUAUGGAAUUAUUAAAAAUGGUUGGUGAAAAUUUUACACCAUUUAUUGAAACAUUUGUUAAUCCACAACCACAAGUUAGUGGUGGAAUGUCUCAUAUACAAAAAGCUGCUGCUGAUGCUGCUGCUGCUGCUGUUGCAAGUCAUUUUAAUGCUCAGCCAAAUCCAUAUGGAUUUAAACUCAUGAAUCCAAAAUCAAAAGAUACUGAAACAACAAAAAAAACAGAUCCAAUAACUACUAAAGUUACUGAAAAUAUAACACCAAUGGAUACUGAUCAAAAUAACAAUGCAAGUGUUGAAACACCUGGAGCUGAUAAAUCAAGUGAUAAUGAAGAUUGGACAAUCAUUGGAGCAAAUGCAAAUCCAUCAACUGUUGAUGUUGAUACUAGCAAGGCAAUUCCAUUACCUUACAAAUUAGCUGAAGAAAAAGCUUCAACAUCAACUGGAUUAUAUCCAAAAUUACCACAUAUUGAAAAAGUACAAGAAGCCAAGGAGACAAUUAUUUAUCAUUCAGAUAAAAAAAUACAACAGUCUAUUGAAACAAUGAUGGAAAUGGGAUUUACAAAUGAAGGAGGAUGGUUAACAAAUUUACUUGUUUCAAAAGAUGGUGAUAUUGCUAGUGCACUUGAUACACUAAGCCCAGUUCGUCGUUAAAUAUUAUUAUAAAAAAAACAAUAAUUGAUAUUUAUAUAAUGUAUCAAUCUAUAUAAACUUUAUCUCACAUAUAUGUCCUGCAUUCCACUUGUCCAAUUUAAAAAAAAUGAAUAUAUAAUCAUUUGUCUUGGUAGAG